AAAUUUCAGUGUGCCAUAUCGGCAAAUGCUUUUGUCCAAACGCGCUCUUCUGCACGAGAUUUACCGCCAGGUGAAGAAGAAAUUUCAUGCGCGUGGCAUUGCUCGCGCACCUCGAGCUCUGCUCGUUCCACACCCGCAAGAAGAACGCUGGACGCCAUCAUGGCCAAGGGCCAAGUACGUCUUUGCGACCGGCGACCGUAUUACAUUCGGCCGCCGGCCAAAGAACGAGUCUCCGCCAGACCGAGGACGUGCGCGGAGUUCAACCGCCUGAAAGCGACGGGGCCUGCGUCUGGCGGUGCAACGCCGUCGCCUUCCAGGGAGCGCGGUGCCGCGGGCGACUCGAGCCGACAGCGAGGACGCAGGACCACAGGCGCAGGCAGUGUUUGGCGGAUCGGGUGUUUCCGUGAGCUUCCCGAUGCUCCAGCAGGCACCCGUUCUCGAUCCUCCAACGGCGUGGAAGCUCGGUCAUGGAGGAGGAGCCACCAGCACUGGCCCGCGCUGUGGUUCGUCCAGAUGUCGGCAGUCGUCGUCUCGUUCGUGGUAGCCGCGCUCGUCGCCCUAAGGUUUGGGCUGCAAGAGGCAAGGAUGGCGACGGAAAGGGCACGUGACCGCAGAUGCCUCCUGGACGACGACGGCGACGACGACGGAGACGCUGAGGGCGCCAACGGCGUCAGCAGCGUCGCCGUAACUCGCCGACGGCAGGCGCCUGGCAAGGUGAAGGUCUGCUUUCCUGGCGCCGAUCACAUCCCUUUCUGGGGCCGAACAGAGGACGAGGUGAUGCCAGCUCCAGAACACGCCUGGCGCUCGACCCUUCCGGUGCGACGUGGCCUGGGCCUCGCGGUACAACGUCGUCGCCUCCCAUGCAACGCGGUGCCGCGGGCGAAUCGAGCCGACAGCGAAGACGCAGGACCACAGGCGCAGGACGUGUUUAGGGGCUUGGGCGUUUCCUUGGCCUUCCCUAUGUCCCAGACACCCUUUGUCGAUCUUCCAGAGACAUGGACAACCGGGCGGAUCGGAGGAAGCGCCAGCAUUGUCCUGCCCUGUGGUUCGCGCAAGUGUCUGCAGUCGGCUCGUUCGUGGCGGCAGCGCUGCUGGCAGUGACGUACGUGCUAAGAGAAGCCAGUCCGCAGCAAAGGAGGCACACGCUGCCGGUCGCUCACUGGUCUCGGACGGCGACGACGACGACUAUGUCGGCCCAGGCGAUGGUCGCGUCCGAAACGUGGCCAACAGCCACCGACCUGCAAGGGCCUGUGGGGCGCCGCCACGGGCGCUUUGAAGAUUUAAUUGUUUAAUGUACAUAUCAGAUUCUACAAAUUAACUUUUUCUCGUUCACCGCUCCGCGGUAAGAAAAAGAUGUUUUCCAAUGACCUAGUAAAAUUUGCUUCGGAAUGAC